AUGGUUGGGAACGCUCCGGAUGCAAGAGAUGGGAUCUACUGGAUUAAAACUAAAAAUGGCCCCAAAAAGGUAAGGUUGCGUGCUUUGCAAUCGCUGUACACUGAAAUUUAUUCAGAAAGUCUUAAAACUACUGAAUAUGGCGUUUUAUUAUAUGGACAAUGGUGUUUUACUGGAAACUAAAACACUCGUAGAACUCAUACGUCACUACAUCCGGGACCAGGUGCGCGUAUUUUCUGUAUUUCACCCCUGCUAGAGUGACAUACAAAGUUCGAAAAUUUCCCGCCAUUUUCAUUGUUGUUUUUUUGAAAAUACAAAUGGUCUUUGGUUCGUAUUUAAAACGAAAUUAACGUUGGAAAUAAAACGAAAAUAUUUAAAAGACAUCUUGAGUUAAAUAAUAUUUAUUCUAGUUUCAUGUUUGCACUAUAAUUGCGUGUUUAUUUACAUGUCCUCUUUGUGUGUAUUUUUUGUCGAUAUAUUAAACAAAACAUUAAACGGUUGCGAGAAGAUAUGGAUUGAUGUUCUCGAGUCAAAAACUAUAUCUCACUCGUUCGCUGCGCUCACUCGUGAUCGAGAUAUUGUUUUUGCCACUCGAACAUAAAAUCCAUAUCUCUUUGCAAUCGUGUAUAAUAUCCCCUAUAUAUUGUAUGUCUUUUUGUCCGCCCGGAAUUAGUGUUGCCAAAAUAAACUGUACCAUUAAUUUUCGUCAUAUAAACUACAAACUUUAGAGAUUCUGUAAUAUUGUUUUUCGCCACUCUUACUGUGAAUCGGUAUUGGACUGGAAUAAACUUGCUAUACAAAAUUAAGAGUUCAUGUUUUUAACAUAGCCCACUAUAAAGCACUCUCUACCGGUAAAAGUAAAAAUGGUAAAAAAAUAGGACUACUGUGUCUUCACGUUUAACUAUACAUUAUUUCUAAUUAUUGAAGCUGUUAUGUAUUGAGUUUGUGUUCAUUUAUAGGCUUGGUGUGACUUAGUAACUGAUGGUGGUGGGUUUAUGUUAAUCGGCGUAAAAGAUACACCAGUGACCUGGGCAAUCCCUUCAAGUCCUUCCAUUAUCCUUCCCCAAGGCAAAGCGCAAUGGUCCAGCGCUUUUGGCGACCAACAAGUUUUGGAUUUUCGUAUUCAAAUUUCAAAGUCUACCUCUUUUGAAGAAACUCAUUCUCACUGGUAAGAUUUAUGACGUAUUAUUUAUCUUUAUUCCAUAUUCACUUUAUGCGACAGCGUUGCGAUUUCGCCAUGUAAUAUAUAACAAAUUAGUCUAAAACAAUUUCCGUGAUAAAAUACAGAUAAAUCAACAUGAGUGGAAAUUGGGUAAACGACGCCCGGAGGGCGGAAUGUUUUUACACAAUUUCGAGUUUUCCCAAUUUCUACUAGUGUUGAUUUAACUGUAUUUCAAUACGAUACGGCGGGAAAUUUUCCGUGUUGACAUUGAGUUAUAUCAACACGGCCUUACCAACCAGCGUGUAGAGUGUGAUAUUUAGAAAAAUAAUAUAGCAUCUAGUAAAAAAUAUAGAUUUAGUAAAAAAAAAUCAAAACGAAACGUAAAAGUCGAUGUGAAAAUCAUAUAAUGCACCUCGAAAUUUUGACCUGAAAAUUCAUGUCGCUUCCUCAUCUCUGUAAAAUAUAUUUUUCAGCUAGUUGCAUCCCUACAAACACGGGCUUUAGGACAAAUUCAAUUUGACAAGAAUAUAGUAUUCUAUUUAAAUAGCACUUAAAAUAAAGAGUACGGCACCUGAACUGUUGAAUAGAGACCUUAUGUCGAUUUAGGACGACAACGCGACUGCAACGGUUAUCACUACAAUAAAUAAUUGAAAAGAGUUGAAUAAUUACAAUAAUAUACAGAUAAUCUAAACAUUCUCCUCGCUCUGUUUACAACGCCAAAUCACAUAUUUUCACGUAUUGAUGCAACGGCUGCAUUUCAAGCCGCAACAAGUGCAACAUCAAACUAUAACUUCAACUUUUAAGACUGUAUUAAUAAAUUCAUACGAUUGAUAAAAUAUACCAUUUAUUUGAAAAAGUUUGUUUUGGCCGUCGUCGUCGCGUUGACGUCCUAAAAUCGAAAUGUCUCUAAUAUCGUGCUUGACAGUGCUUCUUAAACCAUGCAAUAAAACAUUAAUUUUACAUAUUAUGCAAAUACUGUAUAUUUUCAAAAUCCGCCGUAUUUAUUUACAUUAGAACCCAAACUUUCGAGGCUCACACGAAAUUUUGCCGCAAAUUUUGUAGAACACACAAAUAUAUCUUUUUUCUCAGGUAUUAUCGUUUUCAGUCUCCUCGCAAGCUUUCGUCGUUGUUAUUACGCAACCAGGGUCAGUGUAGUCACAAUCAUCCAGGAAUUGGGAAUGUGGCUUUCGUUAAAGACCUCAUGAGAAACAAAGUGGUUACAAAAAAUUUUAAAUGUUCACGGUUUGGUGCACACUUUUUCAAAGGUCUUGGAUGG